AUGCCUUCCCUCCGCAACAUUUUACACAAACGCGACGAACUGAGCAAAGGCCCCCAAAAUGACCAAACAGCAGCUCCCCCGCCGCCCGAAUUCACGCUCAUUCGAACAGACACACACACCCAAGAAAUCCUAACGGCACCAGCAGACCCGGACCCCACAACCCCAACCCUCCAAGAACCAGACAGCAACACGCUCUCCCCAUCCCCGCGCCGAAGCUUCCAACUCUUCACGCGCUCACGCAACAACUCCGUCUCCUCCCCUUCCCCGCCGCGCCGCGAACGCCGCCUCUCAAACCUGCUCCAUCUUGACCAUCGCAGUCGCAGUAACUCGCGCGACUCGUCUGCGAAUAUCCCUGCGGAUUUACCGCAGAUUUUGGAUGAUGGCGGUGCGAGUAAGCAGGAGCGUGAGGCGCAGUGGGAGAAGAGGGCCACUGUGCUUGUUCAGCGGAAUCCGCAGUUUGGGAGGUCUGGUUCGGAGUUGGCGUUAGCGGGGAGUGGGAGUGGGUAUGAGGAUGGGGAUGGGGAUGUGGGACAGGGUUCGCUAGGGUUGGGGAUUGAAGGGUUUGGAGCUCGUUCGAGGAGUUCGAGUCAGAGUCGCAUUUCUGUUGGGCCGGCGGAAGAUGUUAAUAUCCAAGAGGCCAUUCGACUGCAUGAAUCUGGUGGUGAAUUUUGGCCUUGUGGUGGAGAUCUUGAACGGUCAACACAAAUGUUUGGACAACUCGCAGAUGCAAACAACCCCUUGAGUCAAGUUCUGUAUGGUCUUGCACUACGACAUGGAUGGGGCUGUCCUCAAGACCCAGCGCGCGCAGUAAAAUACCUCUCUGCAGCAGCAUCCAACUCAGCAGCAGUAGAAGCAGAGGCCCUGCGGGCCGGUGUGAAAAAGGGCGGAUCCGCAAAAGGAGAGCUCGUCCUAGCGAUGUUCGAACUUGCCAAUUGCUUCCGUAAUGGGUGGGGUCUGGAGAAGGACCCUGCUGCUGCUAGGCAGUAUUAUGAGACUGCGGCGAACUUGGGUGACGCCGAUGCCAUGAACGAAGUGGCAUGGUGCUACUUGGAAGGGUUUGGCGGGAAGAAAGACAAGUUCAAAGCAGCCAAAUAUCUCAGACUUGCUGAGGAGAUGGCGGGUCCUACUGUUGGCAAUUCUUGGAUUUGGAAGGAGAAAUAUGAUCCCAAAUGA